UUGUUUUCACCAGCUUGGCUGAUCAUCUUUGUUUAACCGCCAUUUUGCACAAAUUCUCGUGAGAAGAUUUGUGAAUUUUAUAUCUAGGAUCAGGAGUCUCUUUAAAAAGCUCAAGGAGCUUCUUAGAUCUCCAUUCUGUGCACCUUUGCAUAUUUAUUUUAAGGCGAGAAACCUCUAAUGAGAUUUUUGGAUGACUCUUGUAAUUUAGAUGCACUAUAUACAGUUUAUGUUCUAUAACUUAGGAGAUGUCCCAUUUUUACAUGGAGAGCAUUUCUGGUCCAGAAAUGUAAUAGUAAAGCCUGAAAUUGUCAAAAGACGAAUAAACACCAACUGUUCUAGCUCGUAUAAGAUUAUUUCGGGUUCUGAGGCGCUCAGCAGUACUUAGAGUCAAUUACAACUUCAUUUGGGAGAACUGUUUGAACAUUCAAUAAUGGGGACCAAAAGACCUCCCAAAGGCAGCCUCUAGUCAGCACGCAAGCAUGUUAUCCUGCAGGCAGCCUGUUUUAUGACUUCUCCAUGCCUUCAUUGCA